AUGGGCAACUCGAUUUCGAACCAGAAGCCGCAAGACUAUGUCCAAGCGAACGCCUCAUCGAAUGAACGUCAUGCUGAGGUUGCAUCCGUGGACCAGCAAGGAGAGCCCGACCACGCUGAGGCCAAUGACUCCGAUCGUUUCUACGAUGCCGCGCCUACCCAGUCCACUGCAGAUGCAUCAAGCUUGACAAUCCCAACCAUCGAGAGCUCCACUGUCGUUGCCACCGACUCCGCCGACACUCACACCAGAAAGCGUAGCCUCAGCAGCGACUCGAACUCCGACCGCAGCAGAUCUGGAGCCAGCCUACCCCUGAAGAAGCUCCGACGUCCGGAUAGCCACCUCAUUGCCGAAGACCCUCAACAUAUGCGACCGAUCCUCCUCUUGCUGUCUGGGGACGUUCAUCUCCAUUACGACUGCUGUGGCCAUGGCAAGGCGCACAAUAAUUCCAAGAGUUCGGACGCAAGUGCUUCCCAAGGCCACAGUAACUCGACUUUGAAGACACUCUCUCACUCGAGUGGUAAUGAUGACCCUGAAAAUAUCAACGAGUCGGCAUCUGAGUCUCAGUCAAAUCGUACUGAAACUGUCGCUCAAGCCCUUGUGGCGCUCCCCGCGGAGCAGCCGCCACGUAAUCCGCUCAUCGCCCGCGCUCUAGCACAGAUAGAGGAACAUGACCGUAAUGGACGCUCCGACGCAGGCGUUGGUAUACCUGGUCAGCUUGACGAAGGGAUGUGGAAACCUCUGGUGUCGCUCAUGACGGACGCCAACGAGAAAAUCUACGCAGAGCAGCAGCGUUAUUCACCACACCACCAAGGCCGUGGCGGCCCCUCCAUCGACCAUUCCGAGGGCCCCCUUCAGCACGAAUCUGGUGCCGAGACCUCUGGGAAUCAUGUCCCACCGUCAACAGAGUCUCGGCGAGGCGUCCCUCCUGCCCCAUACCCCAUAGACGCCGUCAUCGGAGCGCUCAUUUCCCAUGCGACUGCACCGGUAGAGCUACGUAACAUGUACGUUGAGAUCCUAGAGUGCUCCACGAGGGAGGAGUACUACCCUCACCUCUUCUUUGCCACAGGAUACAUGAGUGAUGCCCGCCGGAUGAAGAGGGAAAUCCCCAAGGUGGUGGACGUCGGCCCUGCCAUCUUGAAGGACAUAGUCUUGCCUGGCAAGGAUGUUCCGGAGGGAAAGCCUGGCGACUCUUCGAUUGACCUCCCUGGCGAUGAUCAACAGAAUGACGAGAAUACUCAACACCAUCACUAUGAGAUCUACCAAAGAGACGGCCAGCUCUUUCACAAGUGCACAGUGACUGGAGCCACCUACCAGACUGCGCGCCAGCUCGGGGAGACCGGAUGGAUGUGGCCGCCAAGGAUCCGGGAGUCCUACUCCAUUGCGCCUCUGGCCGACGCCGUGGUCCACGGUCGCGUGUACGCCAUGAGCGAGGAUGUCUUUCAAAAGUUUGAGCGUUCACCCGGUGGGCCGGAGUAUGAGGUCUCCGUACAACUGAUAGGACGCCCGUCGAACGGCAACGGCACUCAGGACGACUCGCUGUUGGGUAUCCCCUUUACAGCCCUGACUUACGUCCAAGAGGAUGAGUUUGAGUUUGAGGAUGAGGACUAG